GACGACGUCACUGCUGUAGCUCUGUUUUGAACAUCGCGUGCGCCACACUCGUUCUCUAUUGCGCGCGCACGCGUUAUCUCGCUGUCUUUCUUUGGGAAGUACAGAGGCACCGCGCUUAAUGACAGGAAAACCAAGACUGUCCCACAUAUCCUCCCGAAACAUCUAUCGCAACAUGAAAGAAAAUGGUCACAGCUGAUGGGGCCAAAGAAAAUAAAUCAGAAAGCAGUGUUCAGUGAAAGAAGAGAAGGAGACCAUGCUAUGAAGUCCAGCUGUUACGGGCCGCUGCAGGAGCACACCCUUUUUAUGACCCAUUUGAGCUCAUCUUUCUUGUUCAAUGAUUAAUAGCAUUUCCAAUGUUUAAUACCAUUGAGGCUGGUGAUUCCAGAAUUAUUGUACGUUCGCUUUGGUCUCCUUUCAAAAAUAUUUAUAACAAAGGUUUAACGGCCCGCCAUGAAGUGUGAUAGAGAUGUGAAACCUUAAGCUCAACAUGCUUGAGCAUCAUGGGCACAGGAUUUGUGUUUGUGCCUCAAUCACAAGCUGAAGAUCUAUGAAGAAGAACAUUAAGGAAUGUAUCACAGAACUUCCUGUAGAUUUGGAUUGUAAUGUUUUCUUUUCAUGACAAAAUAUGACUUGAUUUUGGACCUUAGACAGCGCAACUAUAUCUUGAUUAUGAUAUCAAGUCUCAUAAAAGGUGAAGAGAUGUGUAACGUCUCAGCUUCCUGUAAUGUUGAUUCAAACAUCGAUCAGUUCUUUCAGCCAGUACUAUACAUUAUUGUUAUCAUCCUUGGCUUCCCAACAAACUGUAUGGCUCUGUGGGCUGCCUACCUGCAGGUGAAGCAAAAAAAUGAGCUGGGUAUCUAUUUGAUCAACCUUUCUGUGGCUGACCUCCUUUAUAUAGCCACAUUGCCACUUUGGAUUGAUUAUUUCCUCCAACACGAUAACUGGAUCCAUGGGCCAGGGGCUUGCAAGCUGUUCGGCUUCAUUUUCUAUACCAAUAUAUAUGUCAGCAUUGCUUUCCUCUGCUGCAUUUCUGUGGAUCGUUAUUUGGCAGUGGCUCAUCCACUCAAGUUUGCCAAAGUGCGUCGGGUCAAAACAGCUGUUUUGGUCAGUGCCAUAGUCUGGAUUAUGGAAGUUGUGGCCAACUCGGCACCACUCUUUCACGAUGAACUGUUUGCAGCACGCUUCAACCGUACCUUCUGCUUUGAGAAGUAUCCUAUGCAAGACUGGGUGGCAGGGAUGAACCUCUACCGCAUCUUUCUGGGCUUCUUGGCUCCCUGGUGCUGCAUGUUAGGAGCAUACAAAGGAAUCCUGAAAGCAGUGCGUGGCAAUGUUUCCACUGAGCAGCAAGAGAAAGCUAAGAUCAAGAGGCUAGCUCUUAGCCUCAUCCUCAUAGUGCUUCUUUGUUUUGGACCCUAUCAUAUGCUCCUGCUGUGGCGCAGUGUGCUCUUUCUCAUCAACCCCUGUGACUGUCGGGUGGAAGAGUAUUUAUUUACUGCCUACCACGUAGCCCUCGCUCUCACUAGCCUCAACUGUGUGGCAGAUCCAAUCCUCUACUGUUUUGUGAAUGAAGGAGCUCGCAGCGAUGUGAGCCGUGCCCUAGCCACCCUCAUGGCAGCCUUUCACCGAGGACAAACCACAGACAUGUUAAUGGGGGGUUCCAUCACUGUAGAAACACCCCUGGCCAGCAACAAACCAGAUCUCUACGGAGAGGUCAAAACAAAUUCCUAUAAAAGUGAAAUUGAAACUUUGAAAGAGGAGUGUCUUCAAAUGACCAAACUUAGUGUUAAAAAGUGAAGCGAUGCAGUAUGUAUGUAGGCAUAUGUAUGUCAAGAGAUCUUCAGGGACCCUGAGCCUCAAGUUUCCUUACAGUUUAUGUCAACAAUGUUGGCGUUUAAGUAAAUUGUUAGUGUAAAACCCAGCUCUUUGAAUGUUAUACCACAUGCCUUGUUUAUUAACGUUUGGAAAUUGUAAUUUACAAAUGACAAAGAGUUCCCUUCCAAAAAUUAUUUAACACCUUACUUACCCCUGCUAACUUAUCAAUUAUAAACACAUUCCUUUAUUUAUAGCUCAUGCCACCUUGAAGCUCAAAGAAAGAUCAUGGCAGAGCUUUAGCUGUAACAAGUGUAAAACUUUUUGCAGUAAAUUAUUACUUCUUCCACGGUUAGACACAAGUUUUUAAGCAUUAAUUAUAUUUUUGAAACAGUUUAUACUGCAAACACUAAAAUGGUAGUGGCCUUUUGUGAGAAAAAAAGUGAUUUAUUGUUUCAGACAAAAUGCAAUUAUCUUGAGAUGAUUCCAUCUUAAUCUUAUCAAUGAAAUACACUGUAGUAUAUUCUUAAAUCUGAAAUUAGAAAAUGGAGUCUCAUGAAGAUAUGAAUUCAUGUUUUCUACCAUUUAUUCUUUGCUUUGAGACACAACAUUUUAGUUUUUGAGUACUCAUGUUACAUAUACACUAUACCAUUGCUUUGAAAGCAUGUAAAUUAUAUUUAUUUAAUUUAAAACUACUAAUUUAACAAUUGUUUCAGUUGUUCAGGUCCUUAGAAUCCCCGUCAGUCUGAGAAUCAUGUGUAUAUGGUUAGAGUUAUAAUAAACCUUACAGUUUUAAAAUGCAAAUGAUAUAUGAAUAUUAUAUAACAUAUUAUAUUUAAUCAUAUAUCUCUUCAAAUGUUCCUUUUACAAAGUUCCGACCUAUCAAACUUUUUGCUCUUUGAGUUUUUUUUUUUUCCUAAUAAUUUUAAUGAGGUAAAACAGCAUUCCAGAGAGGAGAAUAAAAUGUAUGAUCUAUAUACAGUAUGACUGUCACAAGUACCUACAUGUAAUGCAUCAGAUGAGUCUUAUUCGUUCUCGAGCUAAAAAUGGUAUUUAUUGUGGAUAAAGUUAUAGUGAAAAUAAUAUUUUAAGUUUUAAUGAACAGUGGCAAAGCACUGCUUAACUGAUGUUAAAAAUUGGGAUCAAGGUUUUGAAUGUCAAGCUGUUUAGAGGGAUUUUUUAUUUUAUUUUUAAUUUUUUUUCCAGAAAAAAAGAACGUGUUUGAAGUUUGCAGUAACUGUUUUGAAAACGUGAAUAUUCCAAAAGCUAAAGCACCUGAGGAAAUCAAGAAGUGUUAUAUUACCAAGGCUGGAGUAUGUUAGACAUUUGAUGUUAAUCUACAUGUUAUGUAGAUGUUAAAAUACAUGUGUCACUCAGUUGUC